AUGCUCCUCUCAGAAGAGGACGCUUUCAAGGUUUUGUCUACAGAUGAUUUCGAGGUGUUUUUGAAAAAGAUGCCUCUCAACAUCUGCAACUCUUAUCAAUUUCAUCUAAAUAGCAAAAAUGUUCCAAAAAUUUUGCGAGAUUCACCUUAUGCUCUUCACAUAACUGCUUAUUACGGAUCUAUGCAGUGUUUAAACUACAUGCUCGCACACGGAAUUGAUCUAACAAAGCAAGAUGCGCUUUAUCGUGAUGUUUCACACUUUGCUGUUACAGGCUCGCACUUAUUUGCUAUAAAAGUUUUAGCAGAUAAGGGAGUAGACUUUUCUAAGUCAAUUAUUUUAGCUGCAGGAAUAGGAGAUUUAGAUGUAUUUAAAUUUCUACUUAAUGGUCUUAAAGUGGAUCCAACUGUAAGAGAUUCUUUUGGCAGUACAAUUCUGCAUGGCAGUGCAAUCGGUGGAAGCCAAAUUUUAAUUGAUUAUAUAAUAAAAUUAAACAAAAUCAACAUAAAUACGCAAGAUAAUCAAGGAAAUACGCCACUACAUAUCGCUGUUAACCAUGGCAAUAUCUAUAUGAUACAAUCUUUACUAAAAAUCGAAGGAAUUAAGCUUUCAAUUAAAAAUUCUUUUGGACAAAUGCCAUUACACAUUGCCGCAUCGAAAAAUAAUGUCGAAAUCAUUUCUUUACUUGUCUCGAAGAUGUAUUCUGACUCAGAAUUGCAGAGAGCUCCAUCUUGGGACUUCAUGACAUUAGAUUUAUACAGAAUUGAUAGUAUCGAAGAAAUUGGAACUCCUAAAGAUGAUUCUGAAGAAGAACUACAAAUGAAAAAGCUGGAAUCUCCAGAAGCUUUGAUAAAUGCGAAAGAUAAUAACGGAGAUACUCCUCUUUUGAUCGCAAUCAAGAAUGGUUAUAUAGAUAUUGUUAGUUACUUACUUAGAAUGCAAUGCACUGAUACAAAAGUCCAAAAUAACGAAGGAAUGAAUGCUUUGCACAUUUCUGUUUCAAAUUCAUUCAAAGAUAUUGUGAAUCUCAUACUUGAACAGGAUAUUUAUCCUUCUGUUAACCAGAAAGAUAAAAAAGGUAAAACUCCGUUGAUUUACGCUUGUGAUAUUGAUGAUAAGGGAGAAAUUGCAGGUUUACUACUAAAUAUAGCUAAUCUUGAUCCUAAACUAGCUGAUAAUGAAGGAAAAACUGCUCUGCAUCACGCCGCUCAAAGUGGAAACGUAUUUAUUUUCGAAAGUCUUCUAAGAAUAUUAUCAGAGAAUGAUAGAAAGACAGUUUUAUCAAAACUAGAUAGAGAAGGUAAAACACCAAUCCAUAGAUUGCUUCUUUGCCAAGAUAUCGAAAAAAUUAGAGAAUUUGUUGAAAGAACGACAGCUUCUUUUGAUGUAAAGGAUAGCUAUGGAAGAUAUCUUCCAAAUAUAUGUUUAAUUGAAAAGAAACCCGAAAUUCUAGAAAUUUUGGCAAAAAGUGGCAAAGUUGAUGUAAAUUUGCCAGACCAAAGAGGUUGGUGUCCUCUACAUCACGCUGUUAAAGAAAAUGAUGUAGAAUGUGUUAAAGCGUUGUUAUGUGCACCAAAUAUCAACGUUAAUGCUAAAACAGGAAGAGGAAUGACUCCUCUCUGUUUGGCUAACUCUGAUGAGAUUAGAAAUCUCUUGAAAGAAAGAAAUGCUGAAUAA